AUGCCGCUCGUCCCAGCCUUCUGUCUCUCACCCUUCCGCACCUCGGACCUCCUCUCGCGCCCCGUCACCUUGCGUAGCCCCCUUUCUCAUCCCCCCCACCAACACACUGUCUCGAUGAAGUACGACAUGUCUUCCGUCGCUGCAAUUGAGUGGCUCAAACAACCGAUCGCUGUGCGCGGCAAAGUGCAACGGGGCUUCGGACGUGGCAGCCGCGAUCUGGGCACGCCGACUGCCAACUUGCCUGGUCACUUGGUGCAGGGCUGCGCGGAGGCCGAGCGCGACGGGGUGUAUCUGGGGUUUGGGCGCGUGCCCAAGUAUGGCGACCAAGUUGUGAAGAUGGUUGCCAAUCUGGGACGAAAUGUUACUUACGGUGAUGUCAAGGAGCGCGUGCUAGAGGCCUACUUGUUGAGCGACGAGUUUGACGAAGAGUUUUAUGGUGAGGAGAUGCGGCUGUGUCUCCUCGGGUUCAUGCGGCCAGAGCGGAAGUUUAACUCCAUUGAGGAGCUUAUGAAACAUAUCAACAAUGACGUCGAGGUGGCGAGGGAGGCGCUGGAUGUCCCCGAGGCAAUGCCGUUUCGCAAGCAUACCUCCUUGACCGAGUGAAUCCCUUGACCAAGUAAAUCGUAGGGCGCGAUAUACUGUACCCACUCUCUUGAA